AUGGUUGAAGGUCUCACCCGGUACCAGACCACGCCCCCGAGCGACGCCAUUGUCGUCCCCGACAGACAAUCCAUGAACGAUCUGGUCAAGCUGAAUCCGGAAACAAUUCUUCACGCCGAGAACGGAGGUUAUUAUCUCAAGAACAUGGACGAAGAGGUCGUUGCCAUCGCUGGGGAUGACCUAUGCACAGAGUUCGACGCUGUGUUUGCUAGUAUUGAUGCUGAUGUCGUCGGUGACGGCUCUGGAUCUGGGGAUGAGGGAUCUGGAUCUCUGGGCGGGACAAAUGUUACGAAGAGGAAUGAGGAUCUCGCGUGUUAA